UGAUCGGACGCUCGGAAUAUUCGCCGCGAAAAUACACAUUCUCUCCGCUGUCUCGUUCAUCCCGGGUUGUCAAAUAAAUCGCGAUCGAAGUUGAGUCGCUUGAGUUAUCAUUCGUUUAUUUUAUCUGCAUUAUUAUUAGUAUUUCUCGUAACCAGACAGAGUGUUGUACAGCUGAACAACGGAUUAUGCCUGGGGUUUAACGAUACUCGAGGGGAAUUCAAGGAUUCAUCUAGUCAAGAAGACAAGAUGCGUUUGUUUAAGAGACUUCCUAAUGAUCCGUGUCCUCAGCUCGUUUCAGCAACUCCAUUAUCUCAGGAUGAAGGUGUUACAAAAAGCUGCGCAAAUGAGCAAAUAUCUACUCCGAAAAGUUCUAGAAACAGCGAAGAAAUGCCACCACCGAGUUCAGCAGUUUCGACGAGAAAAAGUAUCUCAACGUGGGGAAGAAAAGUAGGACUCAGAUGGGAUCAGUUGAAGAGAUCAGACAGCUCCGAGAUACUCUCGGUAUCAGGUAGGAGACGUCGAUGGAGUCCCAAUAGACGGAGUGUGUGCGAGAUGACUGAGGAGGAGACGAGCCCAAAAGAUUCCAAGCCAAAGAGAAUAUCACGUGUUGAGUCCCUCAGAAAUUUAUUUCGAGGGGGUGGCGGUAACAAUGAAGGCUCACCGAAGAGCGGGACGAUUCAGGAGGAAGACCCAGUGGCAUUGAAUCUCUACAAAAUGGACAAAGCACUGAGUGAAGGAGCCCUGAGAACCGUGCCACAAUCGAGGGAGCCACAAAAUCCUCGUACACUGGCAGAAAAAAAGGAUCAACUGAAUCGUGCUAUAAACAAUCUUCAAGAGCAGCAUAAAGUGUUGGAUUAUAUUCUGAAAAAUCAGGAGAUCCUGAAGACGGAGAAGGGGAGUACUUUGGCACGUGAGACACUCGAAAAAGUUCGCACAAACAGCCCAUCCCGUAGAAAGGAACCUGUAGACUUGAGAAAAAAUAACUCAUCCUCCCAGUCUCGUGGCAGUCCUUCAGGCAGUAAUGUAAAGAGAAAUCUUUUCACUGCCAGAGCAAGCAGUGGUGAGAACGAAAGGACUGAGAAUCGAAAAUCCUACACAGGAUCAGCAAUAGACGACCUGAUGUGUAACCUCCGCCUGGGCUGCGACGAGAGUGGCUACGAUUCCGACAGUACCCGAGCAGGAGCAGACUCCCCAGACAGUGAGCAGUCAGUCCCAUCAAUGCUGAAGCCCCGAAGUUUCUCCAUCACCUCGGAGGACUACCAGGGCAUCGACCUCUCCCUCCUGCCAAAUGUCCCCCUCCCCCCAGUGCCCGUGAGCACCCCCACAAAGCGAACCCCAGACCCAAAGCCAGAGACGCCUGAGAGUCCCCGAAAAAUCCAGCCUCUCCACGAAACAAACAAUCUGGACGAAACACUGAACAUAUCCACCCGCACAGACGUUACAGUUAUGUCUGAUGAUGAUGAGACCGACAGCUGCGACGACGAGGCCUUCGAGGCCCUCCAGAACGGUUUAUGCAUUCGUCUAAACCCAGCCCUGAUGGACUGCAAUGUAAACUCAUUCGAGGACAAUUUCACGAGCAUUCCCUCGAUAAUCCAGAACAACAACAAUCCAAUUUCAAACCCAAGCGCCUACAAGACCCCCUCAAAGUCCAAGCUCUCGUCGAAGUCCCAACUCCCCCCUGAGGACGAGCCAAUGCCACUGAUCGCUCGAUCGAGACUGCAGUCCCCCCAGAGAAUCACAAAAUCCCAAUCGAGCAUUAAAAACCGAAAGCUCUCGAACGUAAGUGUCUUAAACCUCCUAGACAACGCAGCCUCACCGAGCAAAGACAGUCCUCCAGCAUCGAAGCUGAAAUCCAUAUCGAUGAAUCCAAUUCACUACUACAGCCCCAAGCGUACUCGUUCAAAAAUGGAUCCAGAGCCUGACGAUGUAUGUAACAAGAUAAAACGCCCAGUGGCAACUCCAAAGACCCCCUCAUCAACCUCAAAGCUUCCUACUCGUCGUGAAUUGAAGACACUGAAGGUCUUCGUGGACAAACCAGGAAAUUUGGGUAUUUCUGUGGAUCGUCAGGAGGCGGUGAGGCCUUACUACAUCAUUUCAAAGCUGGAUCCCAACGGGGAGGCUGCUAAAUCUAAGAAAAUUCAUGUUGGUGAUGAGAUUGUUCGUGUGUCUGGUCGUCAGGUCAGAGGGAUGACAGCCUCUGAAGCUAGAACAGCCUUAAAAAGUUGUGUUGGCCCUGUGGAGCUGAAGAUCGCCAGGGAGCCUAGGUUUGCGUUUGACGGAGAGUUGGGGGACACCUGGGGGGACCCAUUGGUGCGCACCAGGAGUGAUACCGAGGUCUGGACACUCAGGGAUUCAUCGGUGGAGACGAAUCCAGAGGUUAAGGAUGCUCGUGAGGGUGAGGCGACCAGUUGCCAGGUCAUUGGGGCUCUGACCAAGGACGGCAGGAGUCUCUCUAAUGUCACGAUGAAUCGAAUUGACAGUGCUGAGGGUAAUAAUGGGGGUAAUGAGAGUGUCACACGCAAGAUCACUGGCAUGAGGAAGUUUCAAGUGCCCACGAAACGGUAUUCAACGCCGGUGUCGCUGGGACGUCGAGCCACCAGUGCAUGCAUGGAUUUAUUGACAAUUACUCUGGAGAAGGGGGCUGAGAAGAAACUUGGGUUUUCUAUCGUUGGGGGGGCUGAUAGCAGCAAAGGGACGAUGGGAAUUUUUGUCAAGGAUAUUCUGCCUGACGGACAGGCCGCUGAGGAGGGCACUCUGAGGGCUGGGGAUGAGAUCCUUGCGAUUAAUGGAUUAUUGAUGGAGGGACUUACUCAUGCUAAAGCGCUGCAAACGUUCAGGGCUGCCAAACGAGGGAAAAUGAUUAUUCAUGUGGGCAGGAAGGAGACGACACAUAAACGGUUAUUAGUUGGACAUUAAAGUCGCAUUAACAUGUAGGAUGAUGGGUCAGUCGAAAUCCUACGACUGUUUGGACAAGUUGAUAGAAGGCAGAGAGGAAUGACUAAGAUCGAAUAAUAUCUAGUUACCAUUUUUUUUCGCAGAUUUAACUUUUACUCUUUCAUAAUUAUGCGUUAGGAAUAAUUUCCUAUGAGCGAUUUCUUGGUCCCUGAGAAUCCGUAUGUACAUAGUUUCAUUGAAUUUAGUUGAGUACGCGUAAUGAGUUGGGGUUUUGAUUAUUAAGAAAAUUGUGAUACUUGAUUUAGAUUUUUUUAUCAACUUGAUGAGAAUUUUCAAUGUCUCAAGAUUUUUUUUUUUUGUAAAUUGGAGAAUGAUGUCUGAUGGGAGUAGUUUUUGUACAUAGAAAUGAAUCAAUGAUUGUGAUAUUGAGAAUUGAGCCUUUCCAGUCGGUAAUUAUUUUCACCGCUCAAAAGUUUGAGGGGAAAAUUUAUCUGAAACAUAAACAAAGGAAAAUAUUCCUGGCGGUUUCCACUGUUUGGCCCGGAGUAGACACCCAAGUGAAUAUCUCAAUUCUCAUUGGUUACAAAUCAUUAUUCCUCAAUACCGAAUUAUUACUCUUCGACAUUAGCUUCAAGUUUAUUGGACCUAUCCCUGUUAGACACAAUCCGCUAACACGAGGUAUACGGUCCGUAAGGCGCAAGUGGUUCACAAUUAACAUAUAUUUUUAUGUUUUGAAAUGUUGUUUGUUUAAUUUGAGCCACAGGGUAAGAUACGUUUGGAAAGAUAACAGAAACAUUUUUACGAAAUUUUGUGACACUUAAGUAGACAUCCAGUCUACUCAUAAUUCGUUUAGCAGCGGGGAAUUGAGGGAGUGCAGUUGUAACAUUAACUUGUAAUUAGAUUUUAAAUGUAAUGAGACUGACAUUGAGCAAUGUCUACCUGAAAUAAUGCUGUGAUACGGAUUGUAGUCACAUAUUAGUUUAAAUGUCGUACAAAAACAAACAAUGUAAAUACAAAUAAACACGUCAUUUUGUUAAU